ACGAGACGUAAGAGAGAGAUAAAGAGAGAAAGAGAAAGAGAGAAGAAGGGGGAAGGACAAAACUCAUCAGGGUUGUAGUAAUUAUUGAUCAGAUCCUGUUUGUUCAGGUCUGAGUUUGUUGAUGGUCAUCUAAAUUUUAUAACCUUUCUUGUGUGUGUGUGUGUGUGUGUGUGUGUUUGUUGAUUAUAUUUUUCACGCAUAUCCUUUUGAGAGAUUGUGAAAAAUGAAGUUCUGUAAGAAGUAUGAGGAGUACAUGCAAAAACAGAAGGAGAAGAAGAAUCCACCUGGUGUUGGCUUCAAGAAACUCAAGAAGAUUCUCAAGAGAUGCAGAAGAAGAGAUCAUCUUCCUGCUCGUAUUGCUUCAAUCAGUCAACAACAUGGCAACAACUGUCCUCGCGAAUGCACAGUUUGUGAUGGAACUUUUUUCCCGGAGCUUCAGAAGGAGAUGGAGGAUGUUGUAGGAUGGUUUAACGAGAAUGCUCGGAAGCUUCUUGAGUUACAUUUAGCUUCUAGUUUCAAAAAAUGUCUUACUUGGUUCAGAGGCAAUCAUUCAAAAACGAGCCAUCUUGGUUUGAUCCAAGAAGGCAGAGACUUGGUUAACUACGCCCUCAUCAACGCCGUCGCCAUUCGAAAAAUCCUCAAAAAAUACGACAAGAUUCAUGAGUCUAGCCAAGGACAAGCGUUUAAGACACAAGUCCAGAAAAUGAGAAUAGAGAUCCUCCAAUCACCAUGGCUAUGCGAGCUUAUGGCGUUUCACAUAAAUCUAAAAGAAUCUCAGAAGGAGUCUGGAGCUGUUUUGGCAUCACUCUUUGGUGGUUGCUCUUUUAUCUUUGAUGAUGGGAAGCCUUUUCUUUCCUGCGAGCUCUCUGAUUCUGUUAAAGUUGACAUUGACUUGACUUGUUCAAUAUGCUUGGACACGGUGUUUGAUCCGAUAUCAUUAACCUGCGGACACAUAUAUUGCUACAUGUGUGCUUGUUCAGCUGCAUCAGUAAACGUAGUUGAUGGCUUGAAAGCCGCAGACCCAUCUGAAAAAUGCCCGCUUUGCCGUGAGGUUUGUGUUUAUAAAGGUGCUGUUCACUUGGACGAGCUUAGUAUCUUACUUAAGCGAAGCUGCCGAGAGUAUUGGGAAGAAAGGCGUAAAACAGAGAGAGCAGAAAGGUUACAGCAAGCCAAGGAGUAUUGGGAUUAUCAAUGUCGAAGCUUCACUGGGAUAUAACAAGUUGAUUUUUUUGUGGCAUCUCAAGUUAGACAUCAAUACUUGAAGAUUUUUGGUUUUGAUUGAUUGUAAUCUAAUAAACAAAAACUCAAAAUCUCACGAUUGUGAUUUGGUUUCUUCUGUGAGUGUGUGUUUUGGCUUAUAUAUAGUGACCAUUUGUUUGUGAAAGACUGAAAACUCUUAAGCAUUCUAUGUUAUUUUUUAUUAA